AUGGGGCUGGUCCUGCAGUGUCUAGUGCAUUUGCAUGGCGAUAUGAAGACUUUAGCAGUUUUAUUGAUUCUGGCUUUAAGCCUAAAACCCUACCCGGUGAGGUCUGACUCAGCAUCUGCAUCCGCUGCAUCUUCAGCUUCAUCAUCCGGAGACGGUUCCUCUGCAUCAUCCAGUGCCGUCGCCGUCGCCACCACAACGUCUUCUGCCCACAUCCCAUGCAAUUGUGAACAAGUCUACCGGCCCGUAUGCGGCACCGAUGGCAUCACCUACUCGAAUGAAUGCAUCCUCCGCUGUGUGAGCGACCACAACGUUGAGAACAAACGCCCUCCCAUCCGAGUCAAGAGCAUCGGAGAAUGCCCGCACACACCAUGCAGAUGUCCUCCCGGCGGGUACCCACUGUGCGGCUCCGACGGACACACCUACGGCAACCCAUGCCUACUCAACUGUGAGAACAAACGACGUGAGAUCAUUGGUCUUCCCCCGAUAAAAGUUGUUCACCCCGGAGCCUGCAGGAUCCCAGUCUGCAUCUGUCCCGACGUCAUCAUCCCAGUCUGCGGCACAGACGGAAGAACCUACAAAAACGUCUGCGAACUUCAAUGCGUUAGUCGAAUUAACCAAGCCAACGGCAGACCUGCUAUUAGAGUGAAGAGGCGAGGAGAAUGCGCCGUAGAAAAUUGCUCAUGCCCGUUGAAUGUAGACCCGCUUUGUGCAAGCGACGGCAAUACAUACAAUAAUCAAUGCGAACUCCAGUGCCAGAACAGAAAGCGCCACCAGCUCGGCAAGCGUCCUCUGACUGUUCAAUACAGAGGAAAAUGUAUCAACUGUCGCUGUCCUAAAGUAUACUCUCCGGUUUGCGCCAGCAACGACGUCACUUUCGCCAACACCUGUGCCCUGGACUGCGAGAACAGGAGACGUCGACAACAAAACCUGCCAGCUCUAACGAUUGAGAGCCGCGGAGUGUGUCCAUGCAUUUGUACGCUAGAGUACGAUCCUGUGUGUGGUACCGACGAGAGGACUUACGGCAAUAGAUGCCAGCUGAGGUGCGAGAACAAGAGGCGCACUGACCUGGGCAUGCCGCGCAUCUCGGUGGCGUACCGCGGGCGUUGCAUCUGCGACUGCUCGUACUGCCCGCGGCGAUACGCGCCGGUCUGCGGCAGCGACGGCCGCAGCUACUGGAACCGCUGCUGGCUCAACUGCAACCGAGGCUGCAACAGCGACAUCGGCAACCGCCUCUACGUGCUGUACGAGGGCCCGUGCUAA